AUGUUGUCACUAGUGGUGCUAUUGGUGACGAUAGCCUUUGGGCUGUUGGAUGGAUCAAAGAGCGAGGAGACAUCGUUUUUAGAUUUCUCCGUACCGAAUCUACAAGGACAUGAAGUAUCUAUGCGAGAAUUUCAUGCGUUUCCGGUCAUCCUUGUCGUCAACGUAGCUAGUCAAUGUGGAUACACUGACAAGAACUAUCGCGAGUUGCAGGAAUUGUACGAGAAAUAUCAUGACGAAGGAUUUAUGGUGCUAGGCUUCCCGUGCAACCAAUUUGGUGGUCAAGAGCCUGGAACAGCAGAUGACAUUCUAAAGUUCACCCAGGAAAAAUACCACGUGACUUUUCCGCUGUUCAGUAAGGUCGACGUUAAUGGCGAAAAUGCCCAUCCGUUGUUUACGUAUCUAAAAAAGCAAUUAGACGGAUACAUCACGAAUGAUAUCAAGUGGAACUUCACCAAAUUUUUGAUUGUAAACCACGAGCCGUUCAUGCGGUACGGAACCUCGACGUCACCAUUGGAAAUCGAAAGCGACAUUAUUCAGGCACUGCAAAAAAGCCGACUCGUCGAUGAUUCUGACGAUGGCGGAGCGGCGGAUGGCGACUAUGGUGACACUCGCGAUGAGUUGUAA